CGUACCCGACCCAACGAAUGACGUAUUGUAUGCUAUCGGGCGUCGCAGCUCCUUAUCUGCCGAGUUCGCUUGUACCCGUGCUGCGGGGCGGACGUUACGAAGUGCACGCCUUUCUUUACUUCACAGUCUGUCGUCCGGCUCUGCACUGUGCUCGUCGCUUAAUCUCGCGCGGCGAAAGAGCGGUCCAACGAUACCACUUUCUUCUUCUGUAGAGCGGUCUCAUCAACAUGGAACCUCCAGGCUUCAGCGAACAGGUUGUCCGCCUGAAGACCAGCAUAGACCGACUGCGGAAAGGAGUCAAUGAAGAGCUGGAUAAUUUGUCUGCUGCGCUCGACAAGCUGUCCACCGAGUGCCAUAAUACGACUGAAAAUCAACCGGUAUACAAAGAAAUUCACCUGAGAAAAAAAAGCGAUGGCGGAAGUGAGCUUCCAGAGAAGAUGUUCCAGUUGCGGAACUCCAGAAUUGUAGAUAUGAUGGCCAAUCAACAUCUCCGCACAGUGUUCAACAUGUGUGCGGCGUUCCUCUUCCUCGUCUGCGUCAUUUUAGUCAUUUCUUACAUCUACGAUCCCCAACGUGUGCACGAGGAUCUCUCCACCAUCAUCCUGAACUCCGCUGGAUUUUCGACAGUCAUCGGCUUUCUGCUCGCGAUCAACUUCAGUAUUCUGUUCCUGCUUCGUCCCUCCCUGCAUCUUUGGGCACAGUGCAGAACUACUGUGAAAAGUGGUCUUCUGGACGGCAUCUUCUUGAGCUUACUAGUUAUCUACAUUGCGGUGCUCCUCGCAUUUCCUGCUUACUACAGUCUCAAGCAUGGCUUUCCUCCUCUCUCGGCAGCAAUCUUAGCCUUUGAACAAGUUAGGCUCAUCAUGAAACUAUAUGCCUACACCAGGGAGCUUGUAAAGGUGAACAAACAUGUUCUUAUGAAAGAAACAAAUGGUACAAAUAAUAUAGAACUGAAGCUGCCUGAAAUGAAUUCGCUGCUGUAUUUUCUUUUUGCGCCUACUCUUGUUUUCCGGGAGAGCUAUCCCAGGACUCCAAAUGUGAGAUGGGGCACAGUACUUUGGUAUCUCUCCAACUUUCUCGGGUGCAUUUUGCUGUACUCUGUAGUACUGAACCACUUCAUCAAAGACCUGUUCCGCGACGCUGGCAAGGACGAUUUCCAGCUGCUCGGCUUCACGCUGACGGGAUGUUCGAUUCUGAUCCUCGGAAGCAUCAGUCUGUUCCUCAUGUUCUACGGUUUCUUGCACUGUUGGCUCAACCUGUUUGCGGAGCUGCUACGCUUUGGUGAUCGCCUAUUUUAUCUGGACUGGUGGAAUUCUACAACUUAUGCCGACUACUACAGAUCCUGGAACCUGGUAGUUCACGAUUGGCUUUUCACUUACGUCUACACUGAUGCUUACAAGAUUUUCAAUCGCAGCAAAAGAGCAGCCAUGUUAGUGGUGUUCAUGUUAUCUGCUAUUGUACACGAGUACAUAUUAGCCGUGGCUUACGGGUUUUUCUUCCCCGUGAUCUUGGUUGUGUUUGGAACACUUGGAGUGGGCUUUGUCUUUGUGACAAAGAAAAAGACAGGUCAUGUCUGGAACGUAUUUCUGUGGAUUACGCUGAUUGCGGGCUGGGGCAUCAUACUUGUCUUCUACACUGUAGAGUUUUACGCCAGGCUCAACUGUCCACAAACCAGGGGAAACAUUGCAGACUUCUUCCUCCCGAGAUCUUUCUCCUGGUCAUGCCACACUUUCUCCCAUUCCAUAUGGUUCUCAUUACCCCAUUAUCGAACCAAAAUUCCUGUCCCAUGAACAAUAUAUAUACUGGACUUUCAUGAAUAAUGAUCUCACACUUUCACGUCUACAAGCAUUCCAAGCAACACGCGCCCUGCUGUAGGACGAGUGCAGUGAGGCUCAGACGAGCCCGGACUACUUGCUGACGGGAGUUUACAUGCAUGUGUACCGUCCAGGACUAUCUGACAUGCAUGUCGUAUUAUUUUUCAAAGUCUUUGAUUCUACAAAUAAAACCGCUGAACUGCUUUGCUCA